AUGGCCGAAAAGCUGAUAUACGGUGGCGUAUGCUUACGUAGAGCUAUACAGCUCCUGCCAUAUCAGAAAUCGAUUGCCAGGUCCGGGCUCGUGCCUCAACCUCGUUGCUUUCACAAGUCUCAGCGAACAUCCGAUUCAAUAAAGAAAGUCGCACCUGAAAGAAGAGGACGGAAUGAGGAAGCAAUCGCAACCGCUGUGUCUAUGAAACCUGUCCCGAAGCCUAGCAACAGAGAUACUCCCAGAAGCCUCGAAGAUGGUGGUGAGAAUUCUGUUUCGGCGGAGAAGGAAAAAGUCAGGAUUCAAUGGGCUGCCAACAAGGAGCUGAAAUACCUGGGUGACGAUCCAUGGAAAUUCGCACAAUACGUCACUCAAGCGCUGAAAAGAGGCAGGUUUGAUGAGGCUUACUCUGUUGUAGAGAUGGGCAGUAGAAAUCUUCAACUGGUCGUGCCAUGGACCUUUUUGAUGGAUUAUAUGUUGCAACAACAACAGUUGACUAAAGCAAUCAAGAUAUUCAACGAAAUGAAGAAGCGCGCGCAAUUCCCUAAUGCUAUGACUUACACUACCUUGUUCCGCGGUCUUGCCAAAUCCCAACAUCCCAAGCUUGCUGUCGCCGAAGCUGUGAAGCAAUACAACAAUCUUCUCAAAGACUCUCGUUUGGAACCAAACACUACCCACCUAAACGCAGUUCUCAAUGUGUGCAAUCGAGCGGGCGACUUGGACUCGAUGUUCUCCAUCAUUGAUACGGUCAACGAUUCGACACGAGCCGCUACUGCUUACACCUAUUCGAUCAUCAUCAAUGCUCUGCGAUGGAAUACCCAUGCCGAUUUAAAGGAUCUUACGGAUGAACAAAAGGAGUUCAAUAUCAAGAACGCUCUUAAGCGAGCCAAAGCUAUCUGGGGAGAGGCCAUGGCUAAAUGGCGACAAGGACGUCUAGUUAUGGAUGAAGAGCUUGUUAGCUCCAUAUGCCGUUUGAUGCUUAUGUCAUCCGACAUAGCUGACAAAAAGGAGAUUCUUGAUAUUGUUGAGCAGACCAUGAACAUACCCAACUUAUCUAGAAUCCAGGAACGUUCAGCUGUUGAGGCCCGCAAAACCGACCCUAGCACAGGCGCAGUAGCUAAGAAGGACGGCAACGGCGUCUAUGCCACUCCCGGCAACAAUACUUUGUCCUUGCUACUGCAGGUUGUGUUAAGGACGAAGCAGAGUAGUAUCGGCAUCAAGUACUGGAAUUUCCUGGUUCGCGAGCACGGUAUUGAGCCUGAUAGAGACUGCUGGAUGCGUCUGUUCAGUCUACUCAAGCAAGCCAAAGCCAGUGCACAUGCUACUGAGAUUCUUUCAAUCGUUCCCCGGGACGUUGUUAACCCCCGCAUCUACCGCAUGGCCAUGGAAGUAUGUAUUCGUGACAACAUCAAUCAGAACGUCAUAAAGAAUGCCGACCGUGCUCUCGAUAGCAUGAUGGAACGCAUCCAAGUCCCAGAUCCGCAGGCCAUGCGCCUCUACCUUGUCGCCGUUCAGAGCACCCACUAUCAUCUCCGGGCUCGUGCCAACGAAGGCGACGUGGCGGGUGCAAAGCGCGCCUACGGCAUGCAGAUCACCACGGCUCUUGAUCGUCUGUGGGUGCCUUACCGCAAACUUCAUGACCACUUCUUCCGUGACGCCAAGGCCCAGGAGGAUAAAGAUCAUGCAACUCUGUAUAAUCAACAACGCGAGGUCAUCGCGCUUGCUCGUAUAAUGUAUGGGUCUUAUAACAAGGUCAUCCAGCAAGAGAUGCUCCCUGAGGAAGAUCUUGCGAGGAUUCGCCCCAUCGGUGGCCGCAUUAACCGCGAGAUCCAGGCCUUCUUUUCCAAACGCGAGGAAAAGGAGCCCAAUUUACGCAAGACAAAAGGCCGCGGCGCAGCACAGGAAGAAAUGUCUGAAUACUACACCAUCAUGGAAGUAGAAUCCUUUUGGGACACGACACAGGCUGGCAGGCCCCCGAGGGAAAGAAUCCCUUCAAGGAACUAUGAUAAUAGAAGGAACAGAGGAUGA